CUCUCUCUCUCUCUCUCUCUCUCUCUCUCUCUCUCUCUCUCCCCAUUCAAUCGGAUUCUACUUUCCCAGAUCCAAACUCAUCCCGUCAAAAUUGUUUACUAGAAGCAUCAGCAUCAAAUCUGAUAUCUUGGCAAACACAAGUUGUUUUGCAGAGAGCAAGCAGAGUUCAAGCAUCAGAUUUUGAUCUGGGUAUUGCGCAUUUGAGCAAGUGGCUGAAGGACGAACCAAAGAUUGGAAGUAUUCAUGGGUUGUGGGGCAUCCAAAUGGAGGGAUCCUGGUGUACGCCAGAGAAGACUGUCGAGUGUCGGUGAGGUGGUUGUCUUCCUCCCAGGUCUCAGGGUACCAAGAAACAUAGACUUCUCACAGACACUCAGUGAUCACCUGGGCAAGAGCGUAGUGGAGAGGCUGACAGCUCUGAGGGCAAGGGUUGUGGUAAUGGCGACGCAGGAGUCAGCAACCGCCCUGAAGCCAAGGCGAAGGGUUGCGACGCGGCAUGGAGGGUCCAGCACUGCUAAUCUCCUCCAGGCUCUAGAAGAGUACUUGCCGGCUCUGAUAGGACUGGCAAAAGAAGGGAGUGAGCUCAGAAACAAAUUGCAGUUUGUAUGGGCUAACCAAGAAGAUGUGGCAGAGGAGACAACCAUGGUAGAUCCUUGGUACGAGGUGCUGUCCGUGCUGCAUUUGAUGGCCAUGGUGUGCUUCGUGCAGGCUAACACCCUCCUCCUUCCCAGGUCCUAUGCUGACGGUCACGGACCGAGAGUUUCUGAAGAGAGCAGGCAAGCCACUGUUGAUCUCUUCUUGAAGGCAGCUGGAUAUUUGGAAUGUGCAAUUCAUCAUGUACUUACACAGAUACCACCUGAAAGAAGAAGAGAACUUCCAGUAGAUCUAGCUGAGGGCAAUCUUAAAGCACUUAGCUUGCAAGGUCUUAGUCAGGGGGUUGAUAUGCAACUUGGGCUGGCAAUCGAUAACCCAAAGGCAACAUUAGCAGUAAAAAGACGCUUAGCUUGCGAGAUGGCCAAAUGCUGGAAACAGGUAAAGGACAGCAUCCCAGAACUUCCUUCGUCAGAUGGAUGGGGGAAAAAGCAUGCACUGUUUGUAAAGUGGAAAUAUGUCGAAGCGAAAGCUGCUGCUUACUACUUCCAUGGAUUGAUUCUUGACGAGGGAGAGACUGAGAAAGCCCAAGAGAUGGCCAUAGCUGCUCUACAGGCAUCAGAAGAGUUCCUCAAUGAGAGCAAAAGAGCUUCUGAGGCCUUCCACGCUGCUCCUCCAGCGUCAAGAAGCCCAGCUCCUUUUGGAACAACCAAAUAUCUCUUGGACAUGAUCUCAAAAGAUGUACAAAGCAAGGUCCAGAGCUACCAGGACCUGUACACACAACAAAGAGCGUCAAACAUAGGAGUCAGCAAGAUCAUCGCAACACCACCUCCAUUGCCAGAUUUUCCAUUGGCCCUGAGCCCUGAAGACUAUGAGCUUCCACAAUUAGAUCCAUUGUGGAAGGGAGCAAACCAAAGAUAAAGUUCACUGCCAACCCAGGGGCGGAGCUGCGUGGUGUCGUAGGGGUCGGCUGACCCCGACGAUUUCCGCGAAAUCUCUUAUGUCCAACAAUUUUUCACCAUGUUGGACCCUGGUUAAACUUUGAUAAGAACCUGGCUGACCUCAUGGCAUUUUGUUCUAGCUUCGCCCUUGCACCAACUUCAGGGCCUGUUAGUAAGCUUCUUCUAAAAGAACGGAACUCAAGGCCUACUGAUAAAACAACAAAAGUUCUGGAGCGUUCCAAAAGGCUAGUACUAACAAAACCCAGGUGAUUUUGGGAAGAGGAAAUUGCUCUUACACCAGUGACCAGUUCAAUGAAUUUGUUGUCUAGUAAAGUCCAAUUGUAACCUCAGGAACAUUUAGUUAUAAGACCUUACCGGUAAUUCAAAUGCUUUCCAUCAUUUUGGUGCUUAACUAAAUUCCAGGUUGUAUUUCA